AUGGACAAAAUCGAGUAUCGAGCUGUCAUUAAAUAUCUGUUUUUGAAAGGCAAUACGCCUACGCAAAUCAAAGAUGAGUUGGAUUCUGUGUACGGGGACUCUGCACCAUCAUUUACCACAGUGAAAUUUUGGGCAGCUGAAUUUAAACGUGGCCGUAAGAGCUUGGGAGACGAUGAACGUUCGGGACGUCCAAAAACUGCAACUGCCGACGAAAACAUCGCCAAAGUUCACCAAAUUGUGCUAGACGACCGCCGAAUUAAAGUGAGAGAGAUAGCAGAGGUUAUGAAAAUGUCAAAAGAACGUGUUUGUCACAUAUUACAUGAACAUUUAGGCAUGACAAAGCUGUCCGCGCGUUGGGUGCCGCGUUUGCUCACGUUAGACCAAAAACCUCAGUGGUUGCCAUGGCGAAAAUCCACGAAUUACGAUAUGGAUACAACAGAAAUACCAACAGUUUUAGGGCUGUAUGACUCAGUGACAGAGCGAAAGUCUACCAACUCGGAGGAGAGACCAGGCCUGGAAUCGAGACGAGGAGCGCCCAGAUAUUUUUCUCUGUCAAUUGUUUACAGCUCAGAGGUGGGAUUAGUGUGCCUGCUACCUCUUAGGGGAAGGGGAUCAGGAUUUUAG